AUGAAUGCUAUCAAUCAUUCAAAUCAAGAGAUGAAGAAAGAGUUUGAGGUACGAGAUAAAUCCCAUAAGGCGUUGGAGAAGCAAGUGGGGCAACUUGCCCAAGAGAUGGCUCAAAUGCGCGGAAAUGCUAUCAAACAAAUUCCUUCAUAUGCGAAAUACUUGAAAGAUUUAUGUACCCAAAAGAGAACUCACAAAUUUCCUAAAAAACUUGAUUUAACCGAAAAUGUGAAUGGAAUGAACCCUUCUCGCGACACACAAAGAAGACUAAAUCCGAAUAUGCGAGAAGUGGUCAAGAAGGAAGUUUUGAAGUGGCUAGAUGCGGGUAUUGUAUACCCUAUUUCGGAUAGCCAAUGGGUGAGCCCGACGCAAACAGUUCCAAAAAAGGCGGGUAUUCAAGUCGUCACAAACGACACAGGUGAAGAGGUCGCCACUCGGCCGGUAACCGGGUGGCGUAUUUGUAUUGAUUAUAGGAAGUUGAAUGCCGCAACUUCCAAAGACCAUUUCCCUUUGCCGUUUAUUGACCAAAUAGUUGAGAAAUUGGCCGGACAAAAAUUUUAUUGUUUUCUGGAUGGUUAUUCCGGAUACAAUCAAAUUGCUAUACAUCCGGAAGACCAAGCAAAGACUACCUUUACUUGUCCAUAUGGUACUUUCGCAUUUAGGCGGAUGCCAUUUGGACUUUGUAAUGCCCCCGCCACCUUCCAAAGGUGUAUGAUGAGUAUCUUUUCAGAUAUGGUGGGGGAGUCUUUGGAAAUCUUCAUGGAUGAUUUCUCAAUAUUUGGGUCAUCGUUUGAUACAUGCCUUGACCAACUCGAAAAAGUUUUGAAAAGAUGUGUUGAGAAAAAUCUUGUUUUGAGUUGGGAAAAGAGCCAUUUCAUGGUUCAAGAAGGGAUUGUGUUGGGGCAUGUAGUGUCGAGUCGUGGGAUAGAGGUUGAUCGUGCAAAGGUGCAAGUUAUUUCUACUUUACCCUAUCCCACGAAUGUUAAGGGUAUUAGAUCGUUUUUGGGUCACGCGGGGUUUUAUAGAAGAUAUAUAAAAGGGUUUAGUGAUAUAACCAAACCCCUAUGUAAGUUAUUGCUUAAAGACCAACCGUUUGAAUUUAACAAAGAUUGUCAAAAUGCCUUUAAUGUGUUGAAACAAAAGUUGGUUGAGGCCCCAAUCUUGCAAUCACCGAAUUGGUCGUUACUAUUUGAAAUUAUGUGUGAUGUAAGUAAUUAUGCGGUGGGGGCCGUGUUGGGUCAAAGGGUAGACAAGAAACCGGUUGCUAUUUACUACGCAAGUAAGACUCUCUCAGAUGCACAAUUGAAUUACACAACUACCGAGAAAGAGCUACUUGCGGUGGUAUAUGCGUUGGAUAAGUUUCGUGCUUACAUAUGGGGUACUAAGGUCAUUGUUUAUUCUGACCAUUCUGCAGUUAGGUAUCUCAUGGACAAGAAGGAUGCGAAGCCGAGGCUAAUCCGAUGGGUUCUCUUGCUACAAGAGUUUGACCUAGAGAUUCGAGAUAAGAAAGGGAGCGAGAAUGUGGUCGCGGACCAUUUGUCUCGAUUGAGUGUAGAGGAUUCUUCCCGUGAAGAAAUUAAUGAGACUUUUCCAGAUGAGCAAAUCUUAAAAGUUGGAAUAUUACCAUGGUAUGCUAAUAUUGUCAACUAUUUGGUUACAGGUGACUUGCCGGCUCAUUGGGAUAGAAGGAAGAGGUUGCACUUCCUGUCUCAAAUCAAGUAUUACACGUUGGAAGAACCGGACUUAUUCAAGAUUUGUCCGGAUCAAGUCGUUCGAAGAUGCAUACCCGACGAGGAAACAAGCGGUCAAGUUGAGGUUUCCAAUAGGCAAAUAAAAGAAAUUUUGCAAAAGACCGUUCGAACCGACCGAAAGGAUUGGUCAACGAAGUUGAAUGAUGCUUUAUGGGCUUAUAGAACGGCUCAUAAAACACCUAUUGGAACCACUCCUUAUCGUUUAGUUUAUGGGAGAAAUUGUCACUUGCCAGUUGAGCUUGUGCAUCGUGCUUGGUGGGCUAUAAAAGAGGUUAACAUGAAAUAUGACGAUGCAGGAAAAGAGCGAAAGUUAAAGCUUUGCGAGUUGGAGGAGCUUAGGGAAGAAGCAUACGAGUGUGCCUCCAAGUACAAGGAUGAGAUGAAGAGGGCACAUGACGCGAAGUUGAAGCCAAAGGAGUUUGAAGUGGGUCAAAAGGUUUGGCUCUACAAUUCGAGGCUUAAAUACUUCCCGGGAAAGCUCAAGAGUAAGUGGAUGGGCCCGUAUUUCAGGCACUCUAAACGGGUCAUGAAGAUACAAGCCAUGUUGCGUGGGAGCAAAAAGGCAAAGACCUCCGGUCAAGGUUCAUCUUCGGGAGCCGGUUCGGGCUCUGGGGUUUAUCAAAGACGAUGGGAACAACUUAGUAAUGUAGAAGAAGGCGAUGGUCAACUUGAAAGACAAGAUUGGGCUUGGGAAGAGGCAAAGAAUAGUGGGUCGGCUUCGAAAUGGAAGGAAGAGAAAACAAAGGCUCUUUCUAGAUACAAGAACAAGAAGUUGGAAGCCAAGAUGUGGAAGAUGAAAAUGGUUACGGGCAUUUCGAAACCCGUACCCGACAGGGCGGUUUGUGAACGUACGGUGGAUGUCGAAGAGUUUAGGAAGAUUGGGAUAGUGCAGAGGUUCGAGAAACUCGGUUGGGAGCGAGUGAUUGAUUGGUGUGAUGACAUCACCAAUCGGGUAUACUUGGCGGCAGUUUGUGAGUGGCUAUCCACUCUUCGUUUUGAACAUUCUGAUAGACCAGCCCAUAUGUGGAAGUUGAUUGGGAACAUUGGGAAAAAUCAAAUGGUGAUGUCCUUCGAGCAUAUGAAUGCUAUAGCGAGGUUUGACUCGCUUGGGGUCGAUGCAUACGAUUAUUAUGGGUAUGAUCAGUUUUUGGAUAACAAGAGGAAUGAUGCUGACCCAGUGACUCUCUUGGAGGAUACAUUACCCGGUUCUGGGGGUUCAGGUAAUGCAAGGGCAGAUUUGUCUCUGAUGGGAAAAAUAUUGCAAGGUAUUUCGUUGGAGAACAUUAUGGUACGGUUUGGAGACCGUGGGAUGGUGAAGGCACCCGACUGUCGGGUGGUGCAUGCAUUAUUAUAUGGGACGCCCAAGCUCUCGUGGCGCCAAAUUGUUAUGAUUAACACAUGGGAUACACGGGAAUCAUUUAAACGCAAAAUGAUUCCUUACCCAAGAUUGAUCAGCGCCAUGAUUCUCCAACAAAACGCAUUACCUCAAGACUCACUAUGGGUAUCCAAACCCAUUGAUCAAUUCAACUUUGCCUCUAUGAGGCGACAUUUGAACAUAACCGUGAAAUCUUUUGGGCAUUUGCACACGGUUGAAGAUGUGGAAGGGGAUAGCUAUCGGUUCAACGACAAGGAGGUUGAUGAAGAAGGUGAGGAAGAAGGGGGCGAUGAGGAGAUGCCCGAUGUUGAGGAGGACAUUGAUCCUUCCGGUCCACGGGGACCGAGGCGUAGGUACCGGAAAAAGCAUAGGGAAAUCUCUGCCAAUGUGGCAGAUUUUGUGAACCAAAGACAAAUACCGUCGUAUCGGUUGUGGAACCGUGUGGAUCAAGGGAUCUACGACAAUGUGUCGGCGGGUAUUGGUGAAGCAAGAGAGUACCAUGCUAGUCGGAAAGAAUGGGAAGAGGCGCAAGGGGCGUACUCACAACAACAAUGGGGUUUUCAAUCAUCUUUCCGCGAGAGGGUGGAAAAACAGUUGGAGGAACAGCAACUGCAACAUGCGUUACAACAAUCUCAAAUGGAACGCAUGAUACAGCUGCAAGAAGAGGAAAGGGCCCACAGACAAGCGUGGGAGGAAGAGGAUGCUAGACGCCGGAAUGCACAGGCAGAGUUGGACCAACGCCGAUGGGGGGCGUUGGCUUUCUCCAAUCAGAUGGCAAUUAACAAUUUCAAGGUACUCCAUGACCAAGAACGCCAUCAACGAGAUUAUCAAGCCGGGCUUCCAUAUGCUGAACAUUCGGGGUGGACUGAUUACCCCAACCUUCCUCAUCCGCGAGGGCCAGCCGAUCCAAUCCCUCACUGGCCCGAAGCAGUCGGCUCGAGUUUUGUUCCCAUGCCAUACCAACCGCCACCCCAACAAGAGUCAAGCCCGUUGGAUAACUAUAGGGAUAUGCUUGAGGCCCUUACUGGUUAUCCGUACCAGCCGAACCCGCCCGUGAACCCCAAUGAGAGAUAUCAGCGGUAG